UUUCACUUCAACCGUCUGAAUGCAAGGCAUCUCUCUCCCGGUUCUUUCCUGAAAUGUAAGGAAUCGAGAAUUGCUCGCGUCUUUUCGCCAUCACCCGGCUGGCCUCACUAUGUCAUCAUUUUAUUUUUAGGCAUUCGCAUUCUUUCGGAGCCGGAGUUUUAGUCCCGAGGCAAACGUGGGCUUCCAACGUCGAAUGCUUCGUCCGAUCACCGUAAUAAUUUGUUGUUGGACAUAGACUGAUGGCGGGUUCGUCCGAGACGAAGUUCGUCCAAGAUUUGUUCUUGUACGCGGCCAGUGCGGCGCUCAGUUGCUUGGUUUUGUUCGCUGGGCUUCGACACCUCGACCCCAAUCGUGAGACAUCAAAGAAAGCUCUUCAACACAAGAAAGACAUAGCAAAGCGUCUUGGUCGUCCUCUCAUUCAAACAAACGCUUACGAGGAUGUCAUAGCCUGUGAUGUUAUUAAUCCCGACCACAUUGAUGUGAAGUUUGACUCUAUCGGGGGACUGCAAACGAUCAAGCAAGCUUUGUUUGAGCUUGUUAUCCUGCCGCUUAAACGACCUGAACUGUUUUCUCAUGGCAAACUUCUUGGCCCACAAAAGGGAGUCCUCUUGUAUGGACUCCCUGGUACUGGGAAAACCAUGCUUGCUAAAGCUAUUGCAAAGGAGUCUGGAUCAGCUUUCAUUAAUGUAAAGAUAUCGAACCUGAUGAGCAAAUGGUUUGGUGAUGCUCAGAAACUUGUGGCUGCUGUAUUUAGUCUGGCUUAUAAGCUCCAGCCUGCUAUCAUAUUCGUUGAUGAAGUUGACAGCUUUUUGGGUCAGCGUAGUACAACAGAUCAUGAGGCAAUGUCAAACAUGAAAACUGAGUUCAUGACUUUAUGGGAUGGAUUUACCACCGAUGUGAAUGCUCGAAUUAUGGUCCUUGCAGCAACCAAUCGUCCCUCAGAACUUGAUGAGGCCAUAUUACGGCGUUUUCCUCAAGCCUUUGAAAUUGGACUACCAGACCAAAAGGAGAGGGCUGAGAUAUUGAAGGUUAUCUUAAAGGGUGAGAGAGUGGAACGCAACAUUGACUUAGAUCAUAUAGCUGCCUUGUGUGAGGGAUAUACUGGUUCAGAUCUGUUUGACCUCUGUAAGAAGGCUGCCUAUUUUCCGAUUAGGGAGCUGCUGGAUAAAGAAAAGCAAGGGAGAAAUGCUCCUGAACCAAGGUGUUUGUCACAGUCGGAUUUGGAGAAGGCUCUCACCACUUCACAGAAAACAAAGGUUGCUGCUGGUGAAUACAGUGGAUUAAAUGUACAGUCACCAAGAAGGCCAGGACGCAGGGAGUCAGAGUAAAUUUAAGAUUCAAGAUGAUGCAAUAAGCAAGCUGCCAGCAGCCGUCAAUGAUUGAGACCCGUGGGAUAUUCCUGGCAGUGAGAUGGGCAGGCCUUUGGUUUGGUUCUCUUUCUUAAAGCGAUGGGGGUCGGUGAUCCUUGUUUCUGUCCUCUUUCUUGGAUAGUCUUGCUGGUCCACCCCAUUCGCGGAAGGUGAUGAUUAACCUUGGCCCUCGAAAGUUGCAAGCUAUCGAUAUUGCGUUCGUCCGUAUGAAGCACACGACGCUGCACCCAAGUAUUGUACUUCCUUUUUUCUUUUUCUUUUUUUUCAUCUCAAAUAUAUUUCUACAGUGAAGAAGGUAGGACCCUUAACGAUGCCCAUGCCACCUUCCUUUUUCCCCGUUUCUGUGUUCAAUGAUUCUUACCUCGUGGCUCCAUCAUUACUAAAAGAAAACCUUUCCAAGGAAAUAAAAGAAUAAUGGAUCAAACUUAUUUCGUACU